AUGGACAAGGCCACAGGUAUCAACGCAUAUUUGCCGCGCAGGAUGAACAGAUAUAUGCCGUGCAAAGUCAAGUUUAGCUGGUAUUCAAGCCGUAAAGUCGAGAAAGGCUUCCUUGAGCCGAACAAUCGAUGGAAGCCCUGUCUAGGCGUUAGGGGAGAAGUGCCAACAGGGAUAGAUGAUGUGGUGGAUGUUGAGAUUAACGAGGGAGAUGAGGACGAGGACGAGGGUCAGGAUGAGGAUAUGGAUGAGGAGAGGAUGAGGAUGAGGAUGAGGAUGAUGGGGAAGACGAGGAAGACGGUAAUGAAGAAAAGAGUGUUCGUCCAGUGGGUGGUAAGAGCAAUAAGGUUACUGAGAAGUAUGUUACGAUGGAAUUAG